AUGAAGAGAAGAGCACGUAAUGCAAUGGAAGAAGAAGAAUUAGAAGAAAAUACAUUUGUUCCUGUAGAAACAGAUGAAGGAGAUGAUGCAAUGGAAGAAAUUAAUGUAGACAUCUUUUUAGAAAAUCAAAGUGAAAAUGAUUAUUUAGAAAUUAAGAAUUUCUUAUUACACAGUCCUUUAAAGUACACUGGAAUUAAUUUGAGGACAUUGACUGAUAUUUUAAUCAAAACAGAAAUAGGGUCAGUUAUUAAGAAUAGUGAUAAUGAUACUUAUGGUCUUGCUAUUCCAGUAGAUUUUGAGUCAUUAAAAGUUGAUGGAAUUUAUGAUGAUUUUUGUAAAUACACUAUUAAUGCAUUCAAACAAUAUAACCAAGAAAAACUUGAUUUUGUUCAGAAAGUAUUAAGUGGUGAAGCAGGAAGAAGAAUGUUAAUUGUUAAUGAGAGAAUGGUAAAUUGUCCAUCUGACUUAAAUUCAUUAUUACAUAAUACCAUUUAUGAAGAAAUUGGUAUUUAUGAUACUGAACAUCACAUCACUCAACCAGUUAAUUAUUAUGUCAUUGCUGCAUCAUGUGUUAAAGGUCUUGAUGAUGAUGAUGGAAAUAAUGAUGAUGAAGAACAGACAGUAAUAAGAAGAAAAAAGAAAAUUCAUGUUUCUGAUGAAUUAGAAUAUUUAUUAAUGGAAAAUCAAAUCUAUUCAAAAUUUGCAGAAGCUGGUGUUGUUGUUUCCGUAUCUUCUAAGGAUAGAUGGACUUUACCAGGAAAGGUAAAAGAUUUUAUUUCUAUUAUGAUUAUUAAUUCAAAACAAAUUAGUAAUAUUCUCAAAGAAAUUACUGAUGCCUUUGGCACUUCAAAAUUCACUGAAGAGAAAUAA